AUGACUACGCAAAUGGCGACGAAGAGGCAAGAACAUGCUGAUAUCUUCCUCAUAUACACAGACCUACAGGGCGUGCAUGCCUCUCCAGAGGACGGUAAUCGUUACCGUGGACUUGGAUACAUCGACUCCACCAAGGAUGUUCUCGAGAUCGCACUAGAACUGCUCCCAGAGGACCCGCCGAAAGAGCCUACAUCGACCGAAUGGCCCAGCGCAAUGAAUGUCGAGUGUGAAGCUCCAAAGUCUAAACAGAGACGUCGGCGGACCCGACCAACAGCUACGUCUGCCCAGAAUAAAGGCCCAGAGAAGGUCGAGAUCGAAUUAUUGCAGGAUAUCACGUCCCUGCGUUCACGCAAGGGUGAUACCGGAAGCGUAGUGUGGAAAGCCAGUAUUGACUUUGCCAGAUAUGUUCUCCAACGACAUCGCUUUCCAUCGGAGCAAAGUCUUUUCAACUAUGAAAGACUGAAAGAAUGUCACGUUCUCGAGCUCGGAUCUGGGACGGGAAUUCUGUCAAUCUUGUUAUCUCCUCUGGUCGCAAAGUACACCGUCACCGACAUCGAAGCCCUCGUUCCGUUGAUCCAAAAGAAUAUCAACAAGAACUUUCCAUCGGAUACUUCUAGGCCCAACAUCUCAGCAGAACCACUCGAUUGGAUCGCCCUACACUCAUCCACACCAGCGCAACGAGCGAAAUUAUUCUCCAACGACCCCCCUGUGGAUCUCAUCCUGGUCGUCGACUGCAUCUACCACCCGUCGCUAAUUCCACCGCUCCUAAGCACGAUCGACCACGUCACCAUCCCCGAUCGCACCACAGUCCUCGUAUUAUCUGAACUCCGUUCUGAAGAGGUCCUUCGCGAGUUUCUCCUUUCUUGGCUCGACAUCCCAGGUUGGAAGAUCUGGCAUGUCGGAGGAGAUUUGCUUCAAAACAAGCGAUAUGUAAUGUGGACUGGCUGGAAACCUUCCACGAAAGGCAGAGAGUCAUAG